CUAAUCUCCAGUCCCGAACGUCUAAGCAAGCUCGUAAACCAACCAACCUUCAACGACUGUAUCAAAUACGGUGAAAGGUUGUGCGCCGUCAUAAUGGACACAAAGAUUGUCAAGUUUCUCAAACCAAUAUACGUCGGUUUAGCAGUGCUCGACAUUAGCAAGACGCUAAUGUACAAGUACUUCUACGACGUAUUGAAACCACAUAUGGCGAUGCAAUCGAAUUGGUUUACAUGGAUACUGACUCCUUCAUAUACCUGCUCAGAGUCAGCGACUUCUAUCAGGAUUUAGCCGACAGCCCCGAUUUACUGGUGUACGUGGACGCAUCUAGGCUGCCCAAGGAUCACCCUUGUUACUCAACCACGAGGAAGAAGACGCCUGGUCUGUUUUCAGACGAGACCGGCGGCCUCACCCUCUUUGAGAUCGCUGCACUUCGUUCAAAGUGCUAUGCAUUUGACAUGGAAGGCAGCGAAUUCAUCAAGUCUAAGGGGAUCCGCGGACAUGUCGUCCGGAACCAUCUGUCUUUGGACGAUUACAAACGAUGUUUGUUUGAAGACGAUGGCGACGAUGGUGACGAUGCGUCAAAACGAAACGUGUCAAUUCGUUCUUUCGAGCACGAGGUACGCACUUUACGUACAACCAAGUUGGCGCUUAACCGUUUCGAUGAUAAGCGCUACACGCUCGACAACAGAGUUGACACGCUGGCUUACGGUCAUUAUGCCAUUCCAUCGGAAGAAAUUUAAGCAACAUUAGUUUUUAUAGUAAUAAUAAGAUUGUAAAACUCUUUAAAUAUCCAUAUUGAUAAAUGUAAAAUAUAUUGUAUGAUAAACCGUGUAAUUGAAUUUUAUGAUAAGGUUUUUGUAAAUAUAAGUGUUGUAUAUAAAUAUAUAGUUGUAAAUAUAGUUUUAAGAUUUUUUAAUGUAAUAUUUUAAUGAAUUGAAUUGUAAAUAAAUGUAAGUUAGAAUUGAUAUUAUAA